CUGUAAUUAUUCCAGAGAUCAGUGUGGGCCACCACCACAUUAAGACCCAGCCCAUCACAACAAUAAAGCCCAAAGUGCUCUUUCUCUCUCUUUUUUCAAAGCUUAUAAAAACAGGCAUUUCUUCUCCUCUGAUUCACACCAUUGUCAAGUCUCAUCGAGAAAAUGGGUCGGAACCUGAGGAACGCCAUUGUCGCUUUCCUUGUUCCCCUUCCUUCCAUUUUCUUCUACCUCUCCUUUCUCCGCCUUUACUCUUCCACUUCCGCUUCUGAGAUCUCGGCCCUUCAUUCAUGGUGUGUCAACCACCCAUUCCUCUUGGCGAACGCCCUCUUCUUCUUCAACGUCAACGUGCUCUUCUGGGUCAUCGGUAUACUCCAAUCUAGCCACUGGAUGAUCGAUGUGUAUUGGACUGUAAUUCCGGUGAUGCUGGUUCACUACUUUGCAACGCACCCAUUGGCACAGUACAAUCAGUGGAGGUCCGCCAUUGUUGUGGCUCUGACAUGGGUUUGGAGUUUAAGGUUGACUCAUAAUUACUUCCGCCGGGAAAAAUGGGAAUGGGGUGCUAGAGAAGACUGGAGAUUCAGUGACAUGCGGAGACAGUACAGAAAUCAUUGGUGGUGGCUCUCUUUCUUCUCCGUCUACGUUUCGCAGCAGAUCUUCCUCAUCGGGAUAUGUCUACCAUUAUACUUUAUCCACUCCAUUGACAAGCCACUGAACAUAUGGGACUUCAUUGCAUCAAUAAUCUGUUUGGUGGGCAUUGUAAUAGCAUAUUAUGCAGACACACAACUCCACGAGUUCGUGACCAGGAACGAGGAGCUCAAAGAGCAAGGUAAGCCUAAAGUCCCGAAUCUUGAGACGGGCUUGUGGCAUUACUCAAGACAUCCUAAUUACGUGGGCGAGCAAUUGUGGUGGUGGGGAUUGGUCAUAUUUGCGUGGAACCUUGGCCAAGGAUGGUCUUUCGUAGGAGCAAUGGUUAACACUCUUUGUCUGGCCUACGUGACCGUCCUUGUGGAGCGUCGGAUGCUGAAACAAGAGUACAGAGCCGAGGCCUAUAAGCUCUACCAGAAGACCACGUCAGUUUGGAUACCCUGGUUCAAGUUUCCUAUUGGUGUUAGAGAGAAGAAGAUCGCCUGAUGAAAGCUGAUUGAUUAUCUGAUCAUGCUUUGUUUAUGAUUCUUUGAGAUCGUUGGAAUGUGUGUUUUUCUUGGGAAUGGUUUCAUGGUUGCCGAUUUGAGCUGUCAUUUGUCUGAAAGAUUAUGUUUUGUCACAUUCUUUUUCAUGGCGGGUUGGGUAAGAGUUGUUUGAUGAGCCACCUAAAUUUUGGCUUUUGACUAUAAUAAAAAUCAAAUUUCUUGUGUUACA